AUGGCACCUCCCAUCCCUUCCAGCUUUCGUCCGCGCGAAGCGGAAGCGGAGCCUUUGGAUGGUGUGCGACCUCGAUCGAUUGCGCAACUGGCGCAAGUCGCAGCCUCGCCGCCUCACACUGUUCAUAUCAGCAAUGAUGUGCCAUUGAAGCGGUAUGUAGGCGGAGCGGCCAGUCUGGCCAAGCAGGCAUCCAUCGACGAAUCAGAAGGAAGAGUGGAGAGGAGCUUCGUCGAUCUGAUCAAAUGCGCAAAGCUGCUGUUGGAGUUGAUACCUAAACAUGCGGAGUAUCGAAGUAUUGAUGCACGUAUGCGCAAGAGCAUCAGUGAGGAUGCUCAACGAACGUUGGAUGACAUUUCUAGAGUAAAAAUGGCUCUCGCUAGUAGAGAGGAGCAGUGGAUGGCAGAUCCGGAAGCUUUCGAAGCGCGUGCUAGGAAGCUCAGGAGCGCUGAUCAGCAAGCGCCCAGCGUCUCGGCAUUGCAAACACAUCAGCAAGAAGUAGCGCGCGCGGAUAGGACAGCACAAGCCCAGGGAGAGCGCACAUCGCAGGUCGCCUCCAAGGCAGACACCCAGGCUCGCGGUGCCUCUGAUGGAGGAAUCGAGUUCCACAAGCCGGAACGAGGCGGAUUUGAUGUGAGGGAUAUACUGGGAUGGGUAAAGGCGGAUCAAAAGACCGAUGCUAGCCAGGAUGCGUAUGCGCAGCUGGCAAGACACGUCGAUACCAGGCCGCGCACGAGAGAGUGAGUGAUCGAUGGAAGGACGUGCACUGAGCAGCAUCGCCGAGCAGCGGCAAUGGAAGAGCUAGCGCGUGCGAGCCUUGCAACUGCGGGUGGCUGUGUGCUAAUGUGUGCUGCCUGUUGGGAUUUUGCUGUGCGGCAGGCCGGCAGCCCAUCGAGCGCAAUUGGCGUACCCGACGCUACGCCCUUCGCACUCUAUUCGAAUGGCUAAACAUCAGACGAACCAAGGCUUUGCGCCUUCCUCUGACCGAGCCGCCACGUACUUUCAGACUGCGCUUUCAACAGCAGGCGCUAGCGUUGAUGGUGUGCAGAUGCCCUCACCUCAUCCCACGGACGAUGUCGAUCUAGCUGCGUCGGCGCUCAGAGCAAUCGGACUCGGGGGCUCGAGCUCCUCUUCGGCACAGACUGCCAUGAGCUAUCCAAGCGUCGCAGCUUCAAGCCAUUCGGCGACUCGGAGAUUGCGAGGCGACGAGGUGGAACGUCAGGCUCUCGCACUGGCUUCUAAGCGUGCGCGCGCGCCCAAAACGCACACCGAAGGAGGUGAAGUAUUGCGUUCCAUCUUUGUGCCUUCCUCUCUCAUCAGCCGCUUCGUCUCAUUGGCUGAGAGCAACACGACGCGCAACAUCGAGACGUGCGGACUGCUCAUGGGCAGGUUGUCCAACGACGCAUUUACGGUCAGCCAUUUGACAAUUCCCAAGCAACGAGGAACGACGGAUAGCUGCGACACGGAGGAUGAAGAGGGAAUCUGGGAGUUUCAGAUGAAGGAGGAUCUGAUCAGCAUGGGAUGGAUACACACGCAUCCUUCUUUUUCGUGCUUCUUAUCCAGCAGAGAUCUGCACACGCACAGCACCUUCCAAGCGCUCAUGCCAGAAGCUGUGGCCAUCGUCUGCGCACCCAAUGCCGAGCCCAAUGUGGGCAUCUUUAGGUUGACCGAUCCGCCCGGCUUGAAAACCAUCAUCGCUUGCAGAGCUCCAGCAGAAUUUCAUCCGCACGUAUCGAGCGAUGGAACGGCCCUCGCCUUGUACACCGACGUCUCGCACGUCAUUCUUGAAGAAGGCACUGCUCUCACCGUCACUGAUCUCAGACGAUGA